AUGGCUCCACCAAACGUACCGAAUGUAAGUUUUACUUUGUAAUGUUUUUAUUUUGACUUUUAGCUCAUGUGCAAAAUUGCUUUGGCACCAGGUGCGAAAAUACCCACGUAUGGAUCAGCCAAAGCCGCUGGAAUGGACCUUUACAGCAACGGAGAGCUGGUCGUGCCAGCUAAAGGUAGGUACCUAAAUAAUGGUUUCCUAUCAAAUUUAGUAAAAAAUUAUUAAUCUCAUUAUGUGGGUUAUUAUUUUUAUCUGCCUUUUAGGUCAAGCCCUUGUGUCCACAGGAAUCCGCAUGGAGUUCCCUCGUGGAUAUUAUGGAUGGGUGGCUCCUCGUUCCGGUUUGGCUGUAAAGAACGGUAUCCACGUUGGGGCUGGAGUUAUUGAUGAGGACUAUAUUGGAGAGAUCAAAGUUUGUCUUUUCAAUCAUUCGGAUAGUGAUUUCAAAGUGAAGGCUGGCGACAGAAUUGCACAAAUGGUUCUUCAACACUAUGCUCAUGCGAGCUUUCAAGAAGUGAAGGAGGAAGAGUUGUCACCAACCGAAAGAGGAGAUGGAGGAUUCGGAUCUACUGGAGUUUCUCAGUAA